AGAAUGCGGCCGUUCCUCAUUCUUGGCCUUGGAGUCCUGGCGUAUGUGACAGCGGUUGAUCGGCUGAAGUUCAAAACCUGCAGCCAGUCAGCAUUCUGCAAGCGGCAACGAGAAGUGACUUCGCCAACCGGGUAUGAGGUCGUUGAUGGUUCAGCAAACUUUAAUGAUACCGCAUUUUCUGCGCAAAUCAAAAAUAAAGACCUAACGCUCGAUCUGCACAUAAUCUCUCUGCACGAUUCCACAUUUCGACUGGUCAUCGAUGAACCUAAAGGAGCCAGACGAAAACGGUUUCGACCGCUUGACGCCCUCGCAGAGCGAGAUCCCAAGCAACAAAAAAUCAAAAAAUCAAAAAGUGAUGGAAAAGUGUCAAAGAUGAUUACUGAUGAUGGCCACCGAGUUGUAAUUACCCAUAGUCCUUUGCGAAUCGACUUUUACUCAAAAGAUGUCUUGGUUACUUCCAUUAACUCGGCUGGUCUGCUCAUGGUAGAACCGUUCAAGAAGAAGGUGCUGUUGACAGAUCGCGAGAAAGGCUAUUGGGAAGAGACCUUCGGAGAUCAUAAAGAUACAAAACCCUAUGGCUCGUCGUCAAUCGCUGUGGAUAUAGCUCUAGUUGGGAUGCGUUUCGCCUUUGGUCUUCCAGAGCAUGCAGAAUCGUAUGCCCUUAGGGAUACUAAAAACUACGAGCCUUAUCGUCUCUAUAAUCUUGACGUAUUCGAAUACGAUCUUUACGGUCCUAUGGCCCUGUAUGGAUCAAUUCCGUAUAUGGUCGGUGCAAACUCUAAAAGAACUGUUGGACUCUUAUGGUUGAAUUCCGCAGAAACAUGGGUCGACAUCGAGCACACUACAGCUGAUAAGGGAGCUCUAGCAAAGGUUGUUGCUGAUCCCGACACUCAGGCCAAGGACGUACGCCUGAUCAACACUCGCUUUAUGUCCGAAACUGGUGCUAUUGACCUAUUCAUAACACUUGGUCCACAACCCAAAGACUCCAUCCGUCAGCUGGCUGCCCUCACAGGGACAUACCCACUGCCUCCAGACUUCUCCCUUGGUUAUCAUCAAUCUCGAUGGAACUAUGAUAAUCAGACGGAUGUGAAGGAGGUCAAUGCAGGCUUUGACGAGCAUGACAUACCUAUGGAUGUCUUGUGGUUGGAUAUUGAACAUACCGAUGGCAAGCGUUAUUUCACAUGGGAUAAGGAGAAGUUCCCUAAUCCUGAGGAGAUGAUCGAAGAUUUGACCUCAAAGGGGCGCAAGCUUGUCACAAUUGCUGAUCCACAUAUUCGGAAGGAUCCGGACUACUCUAUCUAUGCUAAAGCCAAGGAAGAGGGUUUACUGGUGAAAAAGAAAGACGGAACAGUGUAUGAAGGAAAUUGCUGGCCUGGUGAUUCGGUUUACAUCGACUUCGUUAAUCCUAAAGCUAGAAAGUUCUGGGCUGACCAGUUUGCGCUGGAUAAGUAUGUCGGUUCUACCAAGGAUGUGUACACAUGGAAUGACAUGAAUGAGCCAUCAGUCUUUUCCGGUCCAGAGGUUACAAUGCAAAAGGACCUGGUUCAUCAUGGAGGCCUCGAACAUCGAGAAGUGCACAAUCUGUACGGUUUCUACCAGCACGAAGCCACGUACGCGGGUCAGUUGGCUAGAGGGAAUAAUGAGCUCAGGCCUUUCGUCCUUAGCAGGGCUUUCUUUGUUGGAUCUCAGCGAACUGCCGCUGUAUGGACUGGAGAUAACAAGGCCGAUUGGAGCCAUCUAAAGGCCUCCAUACCUAUGCUUCUCUCGCUCUCCACUGCUGGAAUUCCGCACGUAGGGGCAGACGUCGGUGGAUUUUUCGGAAAUCCCGAUGAAGAGCUCCUUGUGCGAUGGUAUCAAGCAGGAGCCUUCCAACCCUUCUUCAGAGCUCAUGCCCAUCUUGAUUCUCCACGAAGGGAGCCUUGGCUUUUCAAUGAGACCACAACCGAUGCCAUUCGAGAAGCUAUCAAGAUGAGAUACCAAUUCUUACCAUAUUGGUAUACACUCUUCUAUGAGCACACCUUGACUGGGAAGACGCCGAUGCGCUCAUUCUGGAUGGAGUUUUCAGAGGAUGAGAACAGCUAUGACGAAGAUCGGCAGUGGAUGGUUGGAAACGCUUUGCUAGUAAAGCCUAUCGUUGACCCUGGAGCCACUCAAGUUUCUAUGUACUUGGCGGGAAGGGGAGAAGUUUGGUACGACUGGGAAACUUCAAAGCCAAGACCAUCUCCUGGAGCUGUGCAAAAUCCAGCAACCCUGAAGACCAUCGGAAUGUACCAAAGAGGAGGUACUGUAAUACCGGUGCGAGAAAAUGUCCAGCAGUCCAGUCAACUUAUGCGUUCGGAACCGAUAACGCUGUACAUCGCACUCAAUUUCAAAGGAGACGCAGCGAACGGAACAAUCUAUUUGGAUGAUGGAGAAUCCUACGCUUACAAACGAGGAGAAUACGCCUAUUGGGGCAUCGUUUUCAAGAGGGAGCACGACUAUCUCCAUACGAUAAUAAAUAAGAGGCUGGAUAAGAAGGGAACCUUAGAAAGCGAUGUUAUGAUAGAAAGAAUUGUAGUUCGAGGCGUGAAGUUCUAUCCCAGGACGGCUCAUAUAUUUUUGGACGAUUUCACGCCCGAUGACCUGGACUUCGACUAUGAUCGUGACACCCAGCUAAUGGAGAUCAGAAAUCCAGGCGCAUACAUCACCAGAGAUUUCCGGAUCGACCUUCACACUUAGGAGAAAGAAAGAUGAAUCAUCUUUUUUAUCCAUUUCCUAGUUACUCUUUGGUGAUUCGCUAGUUGUGUUGAUGAUUGUGGUUUGAUUAUGGGUCCAGCUUUUCCUAUGUGUCUUUUCCUCAAAUUGAUUGUUUGAGUAAAUUGUUUUCCAGUAAUUCUAUAAUUGCGUGUAGAUGUGCAAGAGGUGGGAGG